AUGGCUCGCUUUGUAAUAGCUGAACUUGUCACUAAGCGUGGUCCUGCUCUAAGUUAUAAAGGGCAGGAGUGGGAGGAUGAGAGUUCGGAUCCUGACAGCGGGUGUCUCCUACCCGCCGCCGUUACCCCCACGCCGCACGCCUCCGCCUUGGCCACCCACGACGCGGGCGCCGGCGGCGCCGCCAGGCAGAUCGUCGACUCCCUCCUCGCCCGCUUCAUCCCGCUCGCCCGCCGCCGCAUCGAGACCGUCCAGGCCCAGUUUUGUACACCACUAUUGCCCAGCGAAUCACCAAAAGGUGCCCAUGAUGCCUCGACAUACCAAAAGAAGCUUGCUGUUGAGUGCAUAUUCAGUUCAGCCUGCAUUCGAUUUGCUGAGUAUUGCCCACAAGAGGGAAUAACAGAGAAACUUUGGAAUGGCUUGGAAAGCUUCGUAUUUGAUUGGCUAAUUAAUGCAGAAAGGUUUAGUUCUGUGACUGAGAGGUUUUUUAUGGAGCUUAAUAAUCGCCGAGUUGAUACUCCUGUUGCUAGAAGUGAGACGCUCAACAUUAUUAAUGGGAUGCGCUACCUCAAAUUAGGGGUGAAGACAGAGGGUGGGCUGAAUGCUUCAGUCUCCUUCAUUGCGAAAGCAAAUCCUCUGAAUCGACCUCCAAACAAAAGAAAGAGUGAAAUGCAACAUGCUUUGUGCAACAUGCUCUUAAGUAUACUGGCCCCACUUGCCGAGGGAGGUAGAAAUUAUUGGCCUCCACUGGGUGUGGAAUCUGCAUUGUCACUUUGGUAUGAUGCUGUUUCUCGAAUAAGAGUCCAGCUCAUGUAUUGGAUGGAUAAGCAGAGCAAGCAUAUUGCUGUUGGAUUUCCACUGGUCACUCUUCUACUUUGUCUUGGUGAUUCCCAUACGUUCAACAAGAACUUUUCUCAGCAUUUGGAGAUCCUGUAUAAGUAUCUUAAGGACAAGAGUCAUCGAUCAAUGGCAUUGUCUUCAUCGGCUAGUUAAAUUUUAUGUAAAUGUAUAUGCAGAGUAUCAGCCCAGAAAUCAUGUGUGGGACUAUUUGGAUAGUGUUACAUCUCAAUUGCUGACUGUUUUGAAGAAAGGAUUGCUGACUCAAGAUGUCCAGCAUGAUAAACUUGUUGAGUUUUGUGUGACCUGAGCCGAGAGCAACUUGGAUUUUGCAAUGAAUCAUAUGAUACUGGAACUGUUGAAACAAGAUAGUUUAAGCGAAGCAAAGGUUAUUGGUCUUAGGGCUUGAUUGUUGUCUCUCCAUCAAAUUGACAAAUUGGCCUGGAUGUUUUCCAAGUGUUUGGUAUUGGCCACUACAUUCCAAAAGUCAAGGCAGCUAUCGAGUCAAUAUUAAGG